GGGAGAGGAGGGGCUGCGGCGCGGCGGCCACUGGAGGCGCAGCACCGCCGCCGCCGCCGCUGUCGGUGCUGGAGACCGCGGCUCUGCUCUCCAUCCAGCCAGCGCGCCCGUCCGCCCGCCGGGCCGUCUCCCGCCGCCGCUGCCGCAGGAUCGGCGGCGCCACCGCUCGCCUCCAGGUUAGAGAAGGACAGCACAGACCUCCCACCGCCACCCUCCCAAGAAAGGCAGACUUACUGGGAAGACCUUCGAAUUUGUAUCGGAAAAUCGGAAAGGCUCAAAAGCAGAGCAGUGAACUCAAGGAUGAGCUGAUUGACAGGUGCCUCUGGCCCCUUGGACAGGUGGCAGUUUCUCUCCUGAAGAAAGUUUGCGCACUUAUGUUGCUGAAUUGCUCAUAGUUUCUUUAACUGAUUGGGAAGAAGAGAGUCCAAAAGCUUCUGCCCCCUGCUGCAAAACAGCAAGAGAAGGAAAUCAAGGAGCCACUCCUGCAAUUUACCAGAUAAGCCCAGCAGGGUCAGUAGAGUUCCCAGGAGAAAGCUGCAGCCAUCUGAGGAUAAACCACGUCAAACAGCUUUUACCUUAAAGCUAACCUGAAAGAAGGAUUCCCGGUUACAAGCCUGGUCUGUGAAAUGGACUGAAGCUGAAAAUUUAUCUACUUCCUUGUCUGAACUUGAGACCAUUGGGAUGAUCUUAAGUGCACGCGACUAGACUCUAACUGCAGCUAUGAGUUCAGACGAGAAGGGCAUAUCCCCUGCUCAUAAAACGUCCACUCCCACCCACAGAAGUGCCUCCUCUUCAACGUCCUCCCAGAGGGACAGUAGACAGAGUAUACACAUACUGGAGAGGACUGCUUCCUCCGGCACCGAGCCCUCUGUCAGUCGGCAGUUGCUAGAAUCGGAGCCAGUGCCCCUCUCCAAGGAAGCUGACAGUUGGGAAAUUAUAGAAGGGCUGAAAAUAGGUCAAACCAAUGUCCAGAGACCAGACAAACAUGAAGGCUUUAUGCUGAAGAAGAGAAAAUGGCCUUUAAAAGGCUGGCACAAGCGUUUUUUUGUCCUGGAUAAUGGAAUGUUAAAGUAUUCAAAGGCACCACUCGAUAUUCAAAAAGGGAAGGUCCACGGAAGCAUCGACGUGGGACUCUCGGUCAUGUCCAUUAAAAAGAAAGCUCGGAGAAUAGACCUUGAUACAGAAGAGCACAUCUAUCAUUUGAAGGUGAAAUCCCAGGACUGGUUUGAUGCGUGGGUCUCCAAACUGCGCCAUCAUCGACUGUAUCGGCAGAAUGAAAUUGUGAGAUCGCCAAGAGAUGCCAGUUUCCACAUAUUUCCUUCAACCUCCACAGCUGAAUCCUCACCUGCUGCUAAUGUCUCCGUUGUGGAUGGGAAGAUGCAGCCCAACAGCUGUCCGUGGCAGUCCCCGUUACCGAGCAGCAGCAGUCUCCCCUCCUCCUGCACGACCGGCCAGAGGAAAGUGGCCGCCUGGUUACAGGACUCGGAGGAAAUGGACAGGUGUGCAGAAGACCUUGCACACUGCCAGUCAAACCUCGUGGAACUUAGCAAACUCCUGCAGAAUUUGGAGAUACUUCAGAGAACUCAGUCAGCACCGAACUUUACUGACAUGCAGGCUAACUGUGUAGAUAUUUCAAAGAAAGACAAGCGGGUCACAAGAAGAUGGAGAACAAAAAGUGUCAGCAAAGAUACAAAAAUACAACUGCAGGAAGGGCCAUCUGUGAAGGGCCAGUUCAGCACCACUCGGCGCCGGCAGAGGCUAGCGGCAGCGGUGGCUACAACAGUCCCAUUCAGUGCCACCAUGUCACCCGUCCGCUUGCAUUCCUCCAACCCCAACCUGUGUGCAGAUAUUGAAUUUCAGACGCCCCCUAGCCACCUCACCGACCCUCUGGAAAGUUCAGCAGACUACACGAAACUUCAAGAAGAAUUUUGUCUAAUUGCACAGAAAGUGCAUUCUCUGUUGAAGUCUGCAUUUAAUAGCAUAGCUAUAGAGAAGGAGAAGCUUAAGCAGAUGGUUUCUGAGCAGGAUCACAAUAAAGGCCACAGCACGCAGAUGGCACGGCUCCGGCAGUCACUGUCUCAGGCACUCAACCAGAAUGCUGAACUGAGGAGUCGGCUGAGCAGAAUACAUUCAGAAUCCAUUAUUUGUGAUCAAGUUGUCAGUGUAAAUAUCAUUCCUAGCCCUGAUGAGGCUGGGGAGCAAAUCCACGUCAGUCUCCCCCUGUCACAGCAAGUCACCAAUGAGAGCCGCCUUUCCAUGUCAGAGUCCGUCUCCGAGUUCUUUGACGCCCAGGAGGUGCUCCUCUCCGCAAGCUCGUCCGAGAAUGAGGCCUCAGACGAUGAGUCUUACAUCAGUGAUGUGAGUGAUAAUAUCUCUGAAGACAACACCAGUGUUGCAGACAACAUUUCUCGGCAAAUCUUGAAUGGGGAGCUUACAGGAGGGGCCUUCCGAAAUGGACGUCGGACGUGCCUGCCAGCUCCCUGUCCUGACACCAGUAACAUUAACCUGUGGAAUAUCUUGAGGAACAACAUUGGUAAAGACCUAUCUAAAGUCUCUAUGCCUGUGGAGCUGAACGAGCCACUCAACACUCUGCAGCAUCUCUGCGAGGAGAUGGAGUACAGUGAGCUGCUGGACAAGGCUUCGGAAACCGAUGAUCCCUACGAGCGCAUGGUUCUUAUUGCUGCAUUUGCAGUUUCAGGAUAUUGCUCCACCUAUUUCAGAGCAGGAAGUAAGCCAUUCAACCCUGUCCUUGGGGAAACUUAUGAAUGCAUUAGAGAGGACAAGGGGUUCCGCUUUUUCUCAGAGCAGGUUAGCCAUCAUCCACCCAUUUCUGCCUGUCACUGUGAAUCCAAGAAUUUUGUGUUUUGGCAAGAUAUCAGAUGGAAAAACAAGUUCUGGGGGAAGUCGAUGGAAAUCCUGCCUGUGGGAACACUGAAUGUCAUGCUUCCAAAGCAUGGAGAUUGCUACGUGUGGAACAAAGUCACCACCUGCAUACACAACAUUCUCAGUGGAAGGAGGUGGAUAGAACAUUAUGGAGAAGUGACCAUCAGAAAUACCAAAAGCAGUGUUUGCAUUUGCAAACUCACAUUUGUCAAGGUGAAUUACUGGAAUUCUAAUGUGAAUGAAGUCCAGGGCAUUGUGAUGGAUCAGGAGGGGAAGGCAGUGCACCGGCUGUUCGGGAAGUGGCACGAAGGGCUCUACUGCGGCGUGGCCCCCUCUGCAAAGUGCAUCUGGAGACCAGGUUCCUUGCCAACCAACUAUGAGCUCUACUAUGGCUUCACAAGGUUUGCCAUUGAGCUCAAUGAGUUGGAUCCUGUACUGAAAGACCUCCUGCCACCCACAGACGCCCGGUUCCGGCCUGAUCAGAGAUUUCUGGAGGAAGGAAACCUAGAAGCGGCAGCAGCAGAGAAGCAGAGAGUAGAGGAACUCCAGAGAUCGCGGAGACGGUACAUGGAAGAGAACAACCUCGAACAUAUACCAAGAUUUUUUAAGAAAGUGAUUGAUGCCAAUCAAAGAGAAGCCUGGGUUUCUAAUGACACCUACUGGGAGCUGCGAAAGGACCCUGGGUUUAGCAAAGUAGACAGCCCCGUUCUUUGGUAACCUGGGAGUGUAGAGCUAGCCAACAUAUCCCGCUCUGAAUGAAUAAGUAACUAUGCACAAUUAUGUUUCUUAGAGCUCCGCGUGGUUUCUGGGUCGACUGAACACCGGCCGUUUGCUUUUCUAUUCAUCUUUAUAACGGACGUUCAGAAGUGCAUUAGACAAAGCCCCUGGCCACUUUUGGAUCCUUUCUGUUUUGCUGCAACCAUAUUCCUUAAAACAAAAACAUCUACACCCUCCUCGGAAAGUGGAAUUAAAGGAGCAGAAUAUAAAAUCCAAAGUCUGACGAGUUUAUGAAGAAAAACAAGCCGUAACUGGUGCUUAAAGCUGAUCCAGAGAGUUUAAAGCAACAUGACGUAACCCACGCGUUGGGUCCUUUUUCCGGAAGCGCCAUCCCCUCGUCAUCGGAGCCCCUGGGUCGCGGCAUCCGGCCAGCUCGGAUCCAAGAGUGCCCGUUGGACGUGCCGGCCUUGUCCGUGAAGACGUGAUGCUUCUCAGAGCCUGUUCCGCCCGCCCGCCAUUGUUCAUGCCUUAAGAAAUGCAAAGAUGUACAAUAAAUUGUUUUUUUAAUGUGUGCUCAUAGGUUUAUGUGAAGGACAGGUCUUUUGAAUCAUGGCAUGAUUCACUUAGUGGGAUCAGGUCAGUUAGGAGUCUAACUUAAAUGGAUUGAAAAGGCAGAGCGUGCUCUCCUCUGACACUUCGGUCACUGUAUCUAUCGUAUGUCUGAGGGCAAGGAAGAAACAGUGCGCUGGGUAGAUUUCUGUAUCCACGUUGCUUGUCCAGAUAAUAAACCAUGCCUCUUCCACCCAACCUCACGGUGUGCCCUAGUGUUUGUCAGUAUCUGUAUUUGAUUGGAACACUUGGCGUCAGCGUUAAAACCUUGGAAGGAAGUAACAGAGCUGGUGGGCUUUCUGGGUGGGCUCAGGAGCACUUGUAAACGUAACCGUUCUUGAAUGAAGCACAAUGUAAUACUCGUUACUGUCCUCUGCCCACCCUCUGGCACCAGUGGGAACCCCACUGGGAACGGAAGCAAGAAUGUUAGUAGCUAGCAGCUUAUUUGCGUUGCUUAAAUGAGUUCUGUGCAAAAUCAUAUUUUACAUUUUCAUCAAGUGAUUCUGUUAUGAUAAAUUACCAUACAUUAAGCAUAUACCUUGCUGUUUUCAAAGAUGUGAAACUUAAGUAAGAAGUUUAUACAUUCCAACAAAAAGUGGGGAAGGGGAGCAGAAAUGCGUUUCAUGUACUUCAGGGUUUGUUUUUCCCUCCAAUACACAGAGGCUUCUGUAGGUACUGCAUUGGUAUUCCUGAGUUUCUGCACAUAGACGACUACCUAAGUAAUUUACAUUAAACAAAUCUCUCCGGAGGUGAAUUAUAAAAUUACAUACAUUUUAUUCUUAGUUAGGUUUUUAUUCUAGAUCCUUACCAUGAGGUUUGAAGUGUCAUUUUAAACUCUGAUAAUGAGGUUACUGACAUUUAACAUUUUGUUAGGAGGUAUUGACUUUAGUGUUAUUUCUCAGCAAAGCCUUCCUAAUAAUGGCUAAUCUGCUAUCAAAUCUACACCGUUCCUGAUAACGUAAGGCAAACUCUGAAGUCUCUACUGGGUGGAGCAAAAUUUUAGCUAUCGUAAAACUCGUCCCUCUGAUCUAGGGCGCUGCAUUCUGCAUGCAGUGUGCGGCAGUUCAGGGUGAAAUUUCACUCUCAAGUACUCCAUUGCCAGAGCUGCGUGUUCCAUCAAAGCAACACCCUGUCUAGGUUUCUCGAUGCCUUUUAAUUCCCAUUUUAAAUCUAUAGGUGGCUUGCCCCGUGGUAGUAAAGUUUUGCCCUAGUUGUUGAUUGCUUUUCUGCUCAUUCAUCUUGACUCCCUUUUCUCUGCAUUAGAAUUCUAUUAACUCCCUCAUAAAAUUCUGUUCUCCCCCAACUGAUAAACCAUUUAAAGUGGUGCUGGUUUCUAGUUACUAACACUUCCCUGAACAAUCUCAAAAUAUUUCGCUGAAAGAUAAGGAAAACAUUUUGCAAAGCAGAGGUAUUCUGGGUAGAUAAAUGGGAAAGUGAGGCAUCGGUCACAAUGAACCCGCCAGUCAGGCAGGUGGGAGAGGACCCAGGAGCCCUCAGGAAAGCAGCUACUGUUUGGGCUGUAACUGAGGAAAAGAAUAACUAGCGGAGCGGACUUUUAUUAGAUAAUCAGUUCAAGCUAUGAAGUAGGUAAGUGAAUAUUGGUUGGCGCUCACCUGCAACUCUGCUUAGGAUUUUAAAAUGAGAAUGAGGAGAUCAAAUGAAUUAAAAUCACACUUUAUAAUAUCCCAGAUUUAGGAUCUCUUUUGAGAUUCAGACUUCUUGACUAGACUUCCAAUUCAAGUGACCAGUUGAACUUUAGGUAGUACGUGUGCUCCAACGAUACCAGAUUCACAGGGCUGCCCAUCACAGACUCAUAAUGUUUUGGCUUCAAUCCUUCAUUUUACUUCUAUUUUUUUUCUCUUUAAAAUUUGUUUUAUUUAAUUGUUCAAGUACAGUUUUCUGUCUUUUACUCCCAUCCCAGCUCACCCAUCCAUCCCUCCUCACCUUCCUCCCAUUUCCACCCCCCCCGGUUUUUGUCCAUCUGUCCUUUAUACUCGUUCCUAUAAACCCUUCCCCUUUUCCUCUGAAAUUCCCUCCCCUCUCCCCUCUGGUCACUGUCCCCUUGUUCUCUAUUUCAGUGUCUUUGUUUUUAUUCUGCUUGCUUGUUUGCUUUGUUGUUUAGGUUCCUGUUAAAGGUGAGAUCAUAUGGUAUUUGUCUUUCACCACCUGGCUUAUUUCACUCAGCAUAAUGCUUUCCAGUUCCAUCCAUGCUGUCGCAAAGGGUAGGAGCUCCUUUCUGCUGCUUUUUUUGAUUGACAGGGUGGUUAUAGAAUUGUGAGACUUACUCUGUUUGGAAUUUUCAUCUGCAGGACUUUGGAGCCUUUGAGACUAAAUCGAACAGUAAAAGGAUAGAAUAAGUGUUAGAUCAUUCUUGAGAAAACCUGAUUUAUUCUUUAGAAUUUUACAUAAGUCUCAUUGCGGGGCCACUUUUCUUGGUUGUUUCUCCCUAAAACAAUCUCGGGUAGAAGAGGACUUAGUAAAUAUUUGAACCUCCCCCAUGAUUUAUUCAUAAACUCCUUAAGUAGUAAGUGACGAUGGUCCUAUGGUGUGGCGGGACUGGACAGAUUGAUGGCUCAUGCCACACGCAUAGUAGACACUAAUUAUUUUGCUUCCAUGUGCUGCCACCCAGGGUACAAUUUACCGUCAGAUUUUGCUGUUAUUUUAUUGUUUUUUUAAUUAAGUUGUUACUUUUCAUCAGUUACUUUAAAAUACCCCAUCAUUUCCAGGCAAUUGUAAAAGUAAACCUCAUUUGAGAUACCUUUUAAUAUUACAUACUGAUUACAUGUGGCAUAAAAACUACCAAGUGUAUUUUCUAAAUAAGAGAAACCAAGGGGUUUUUCAAUACAAGAGAUGCCCACUUGCCAGUUUCCGAAGCCCUCGUUCUUCAUCAUUCUGGCCCCUGACUCUCCGUGGCUCCCAGAGUGCUGGGGAGGCGGGGUAGAGAGGAACCUGGUCAGACUGGUCUUGCUUACUUCUGGUUACACCACCUGUGCUGGAGAAGAGUUUUUAAUUAAUCUAAUGUUCAUUUUGGUCUUCACCUUGUGGACUUUAAUUAUACAUCUUGUCUACCCUUGUUCCCUGUCAUCCUAGUUAAUGACGUGUUCACGGGAGCAGAGCUCCUCACACACCAGGGGUGUGAAAAUGUUUGCACUUGGCUCAAGUCGGUUUAUCAUGAAUGUGGCACAGUAAAUAAGAAGUUUGUGUACAAAAUAUUUAUUUCUAUGGGAGUCAU